AUGAGGUUCCAAUGGACAUUCACCACUUCCGUGCUCGCGGUGCUUACGGCUCUCGUGGUAGCUCAAAAUUCCUCCAUCAAAGUGAUUGACUUGAGUGUCAAUGGACGUUAUGACCAAAUUCUGGAUCUCGAAGACCUUCAUCCGACUCUCGCGUGGCGGUUGAUUCAGACAAAGGACUGCGCCGAGAUGACCUGCCCUGGUGAUCGGCAAACUGCUUUUGAAGUGCAGGUGGCUGCAUCUGCUCGUGAUCUGGAGACAGGACAUCUGUGUUGGCGAAGCGAUACACGUCAAGGUGGAUCUCAAUCCGUUCGCUUUGAGGGCAAACUCGCGUCUCGUGAUACGCUGGUCUGGCGCGUGAGAGUUUGGGAUGCGUAUGGACAACGCUCGGCUUGGUCAGAGAUUGCGUCCUGGUCUGUCGGCCUGCUGCACAAGUCUGACUGGCAUGAGGCUAAAUGGAUCGAUUACCCUGACCGUACGGAAAACCAACCCCUCCCUUUAUUCAUCCGUCAAUUCGAACUUGCCGAAAAUAAAACUAUCCUGGGCGCCCGUUUGUACUUAUCCGGAGUUGGAAUGCAUUACGCUACCGUGAAUGGCGAGACCAUCACUGACGAGGUUCUCGCCCCGGGCUACUCCAACUACCAACUGUCCAGCGAGUACCGUACGUACGAUGUCAGACGAGUGCUAAAGCCUGGUAUAAACACUGUCGGGGUGAAACUGGGCAAUGGACCUGCCUAUGUUCGUCGGAGCGUAAGGAGCCCUGGCGUGGGCCGCACUGCACCUUACGCCUGGUGGCAAAGCCAGUUGAAGGGCAACGGAACCCUUGUUGAAGGAACAGCAAUUGGCGAUACGAGCGUGCGAUUGACUAAUGUCAGUGGAUACCACCUACAAGGCAGCAUCAACAUUGAUACUGGCAGUGGUGGUGACAGACUGGAGUCACGUGUGAUAACUGCUAUCGACCAAAAUCAAACCACAAUCAACUUUACUCCCGGCUUGCAGCUGUCCCAUUCUGCUGGAGUAAAGGUGACCGGUUCCGGAAAUAAUAUUGCGGCUAGUGAUCCGUCUGCUGGUGCUGCAGUUACCCCACGUCUGAUCGGACGCCUUGAGAUAAAAUAUGAAGACAACAGUAUCGAUACCAUUGUCACUGAUCGCUCGUGGCGUACCAAGCUUGGCCCUUUGAUUACUGACGCAUGGUAUUCGGGUUCCGAUUUCGAUGCUCGUCGUGAAGACCAGGACUGGGAUCGAUCCGGCACUCGACUGAACUCGUCUGAUUGGAUUGCGGCUGGUAUCGCACCCCCACCCAAUCUGGCAACCAAACUUGUGGCCAGAGCGGCCGAACCGGUUAAGGUCGUUGAGUACUUCAGACCGGUCUCACUCACCAACCCUGCCAAUGGGACCUGGGUUUUCGACCUUGGCCAAAACAUUGCCGGCUGGCCCAUUCUCAAGCUCCCACAAAUACCGGCGGGUACGGUCAUCAAAAUGACACCUGCCGAAUCCCUCAACGCCAAUGGCACCGUUAAUCAGCAGUCGAUUGGCGUUGGUAGUCGUGGCACGGACGUCUUCAAUACGUACACAACUGCAGGCCGUGCUGCUGGCGAGACUUGGCAUCCUGACUUUAACUAUUUUGCCAUGCAGUGGAUUCAAGUGACUGGCUUACCAGAUGGUUUCCGUCCAAGCAUCGACAUGAUAACUGGCGCUCGCGUACAAGCAGCCGUUCCUGUGGCUGGGACCUUCACUUCUUCAGAUGCUCGUCUAAAUCGGAUUCACAGCAUGUCAAGAUAUUCGUUCUUGAGUAACGUCAUCUCCGUAUUCACGGAUUGCCCGGGGCGUGAGAAGCUCUCUUACCCAGCUGAUUACACGAUGCCUAUGGGCGCCAUAUAUCGCAACGUCCACAUCGACGCUUUCCUACGUACCAACAUGCGACAUUUGGUUGAGGCACAGUCGAUUGCAAAUACGUCCAUGGCCGGAAACGUUGCUUUGAAAGCGCCUGUGUAUGAUUGGGGUUAUAGCGGUCGAUUCGGAGACGAGAUCAACUGGGGUAAUAGCAUUGUUCUCGUGCCAUCCUUUCUGUACGAUCUGUACGGGGACACGACGGUUAUGACCACCUACUAUGACCAGAUGAUCAACUUUGUCAAGUAUCUACAGCGCGAAAAGGUGCAAGACCACAUCGUCGAUGCUGCACUAGCCGAUUGGGUCGAAGAUGAUGCAAGGACAUCUAGUCGGAUUACCGGUACCUGGGGUUACUACCUAACCAUCACCGCAAUGGCACGUAUGGCAAAUCUUACCGGACACGUCAGUGAUUCGGCCCACUACAGCGGUCUAGCCUCGGAAAUUCGUAAUGCAUUCAAUGCAGCCUUCUACAACAACGCUACUGGACGCUACACUAAUCUCGGUAAUAAUUCUACCGUCAACGCCACGCAAGCGGCGCAGGCGCUCGCACUGGACGCCGGGCUUGUACCAGAAGCAAACCGGGAACAAGUUUUGAACGCGCUGGUCGAUCUCACGUACCAAUAUCCUUCAAAGGAUGGACAGGGCCCACACCUGAGUGGCGGCACCAUUGGUAUGGGACCUAUAGUACGAGCACUCUCUGUUGGAGGCCGAGAUGAUGUGCUCUGGCAGGCUGUACAGCAGAAUGAUCAACCAAGCUAUGGUUAUUUCAUGGCUUCAACUGUGGCCAAUCCGCAAGGUUUUACCACUAUGGGCGAGCGAUGGGACCGGAAUGAUUCUAAAAACCACAUGAUCCUCGCUCAGAUCGACGAGUGGCUCCAUGCCAGUGUCGCUGGCAUUCGACCAACAUCCAUGAGCACCAUCACGGAUAUCUGGGAGGACCGUCUCGUGAUUCAUCCAAGACCCGUUGGCGACCUCGAGAGCGCUGCAGGAACUUAUCAGACUGUUUGGGGAGAGGCCCGAAGCCAAUGGAACAGAACCGCCGAAGGUGUAUUCACGUUGAAAGUGACAGUCCCAGCUAACACUAUGGCCGAGGUACGCUUGCCUGCGGGCACUAAUGUCAAGGCUUCGCACCGUGCCCGAUUUGUCGAAACCGAUACCGAAACCGAGAACGUGUCCGCAGUAUAUAGUGUUCCGUCCGGCACGCACGUUUUUAGCACCCUUAUGCGUCCCGCUGACACUUCACACCUGGUCUGAUAGCUUUCAGGAGGCACUAUCCCG